GACUUCCUGGCCCGGUACCGGCUGGUGUCCAACAAGCUGAAGAAGCGGUUUCUGCGGAAGCCCAACGUGGCGGAGGCCGGCGAGCAGUUCGGGCAGCUGGGCCGCGAGCUGCGCGCCCGGGAGUGCCUGCCCUACGCGGCGUGGUGCCAGCUGGCCGUGGCGCGCUGCCAGCAGGCGCUCUUCCACGGGCCCGGGGAGGCGCUGGCGCUCACCGAGGCCGCGCGCCUCUUCCUGCAGCAGGAGUGCGACGAACGGCAGCGCCUGAGCUGCCCGGCCGCCUACGGAGAGCCGCUGCAGGCGGCCGCCAGCGCCCUGGGCGCCGCCGUGCGCCUGCACCUGGAGCUCGGACAGCCGGCCGCCGCCGCCGCCCUGUGUCUGGAGCUGGCCACCGCCCUGCGCGACCUGGGACAGCCGGCCGCCGCCGCGGGCCACUUCCAGCGUGCCGCCCAGCUUCAGCUGCCCCUGCUGCCCCUGGCCGCGCUGCAGGCCCUCGGUGACCCGGCCUCCUGCCAGCUGCUGGCGCGGGACUACCCCGGAGCUCUGGCCCUCUUCAUGCACAUGCAGCGCCUGGCGCUCCAGCACGGCGGCCACCCCGUGCAGCUGCCCCCGCAGCCACAGAUGCCACAGAUGCCGCAGCUGCCACCGCUUCCGGGGACCCAGAGCCAGCAAGCACCGCAGCUGCCUCCAGGGCCCCAGUCCGGGUCUGCUGGGGCUCCGGUCCUGAUCUCGGCGACCCCUAGUACUGCUUCCGCUGAUGCAGCCACCGCCUAUGAGGCUGCCGCUGUGGCUACAGCUGUGCCCUCUCCAGCCGCGCCGGGUGCCUUUUCCGACAUGCUUGUUCGCUGCGAGGUGUCCCGUGUGCUGCUCCUGCUGUUACUGCAGCCGCCACCCGCCAAGCUCCUGCCCGAGCACGCCCAGACACUGGAGAAGUAUUCCUGGGAGGCUUUCGACAGCCACGGGCCGGAGAGUGGAGGCCAGCUCCCCGAGGAGCUCUUUCUGCUACUGCAGUCCUUGGUCAUGGCUGCCCAGGAGAAGGACAUCGAAGCCAUCAAGGCGCUGCAGGUGGAGAUGUGGCCUCUGCUGACCGCGGAGCAGAACCACCUCCUUCACCUCGUCCUGCAGGAAACCAUCUCGCCCUCGGGACAGGGGGUUUAAUCGAGUUAGCCAAAUGCGCGUUUGUCAUGCUUUUCCUUGUUUGUCUGGUACCGCCCCUUUGCAUGUAUGGGAGAAAUAGAAGAUAGCGGCCCUGAUUCCCGUUGUUCAGGUUACCAAGUCAGGAAUUUCGUUGUGUGAACGUUACAAUGAUGCGGGAGGGGGGGGGGACCCACAAUCAGUGAUAGAAUGGAAGUGGUGGAUAUGGCUGUCUUCAAAAAGUGCAGCAAUAAAAUGAGAAUCCUUU